UUUCGCCGCGAGAGGCGCUGCCGGCCGGCGGUCUCGUAUCACCGUACUACGGCGACGCGGAGCAUCACCUGCGAGUUUCUCGAGAAUUUCGACCCACCGAGCCCGAGGACGCCCCCCGAACUGCGGUCGGCACCGGCAUCAGCACGAUUCCGCCUGAUCCAUGGAGAGCUACGAGGACGACGACGACACGCACUUUUGCAUCAAGUGUCACCUGACGGUGCACGGCCUCGAGAAUUACGUCCGGCACCGGCAGUCCGGUUGUCGUCCGCCGGACGACAAGAACGAGGCUGCACGAGCGUCGCCGACCACGCCGACCACCGUCUCCUACCCCGAAAUACUAAACGCGGACGCGUUCUUCAGCUCGCUGGAGCUGCGAAGCAGCAGCAGCAAGUCGAACCCUCGCAGAGGCUCGCCGUUGCUCGACGAGAGCCGAAAGUUCAAGAAAGAUGAGAAACGAAAGAGAGGCCAGAAGAUGCAGACGGAGGCCGCGGAGGAGUCCGCGGCGAAGGAGAAGCUGCACGGUAUGCUGCCCGGCGUGUCGGAGCUCGACAAUCCGACCGCGCACCUCUGCAUCCCGUCGCUGGUCGGCUUUCCCGAUAUCGUCUCCUCCGCGGCCGGCAAGCCUACGGUGGUCGCGACCAGCCGGACCAAAUUAAGCCAAUCGAUGGGCCACGUAGGCACCGGCAUCGAGACCGCCGCGUUCCCGACGAUCCCGGCGAAGCACGAGCCCGAGCACUCUUUGGAGAGCGACCUGAUGACGUCUCACGAGUCUAAUUGCAAGCAGACCGAGAGGAAGCGGCAGGAGGAGACCCAGAGGAUCGAGCAAGUUCAUCAGACUUGGCUGGAGGACACGAUACUCGCCGAGCUGGUGGCCAACAACGAGAACAAGGACCUGCCGAGAUACGAGUUCGAAUACCAGCAGGACGAAGAAUCCGACGACACGAUGGAGGAAGAUUUAGGGGAGGAGGAGUCUUAUUCGGAGUCCGAGGACGGCGACGGCGACGUCGACGGCGACGGUGACGGCGACGGGGACGCUGACGGUGACUGCGACGGCGACGGGGACGGGGAAGGGGAGGAUCGAGAACGUCCGCCGCACGGUCAUACCGGCGGCAAAUGGAAACCCGGAUUGGACGGUCUUCCUCAAAAUAUGUCUCAACUUCACGACGAGGACGUGGAGCCGGACGAGGAGCAUCAGGAGCAUCAGGAGCAUCCCCCGCCGACUUACACCGGCGGAAAAUGGCGGCCCACCGAGACCUCGCAGAGGAUCGAGGAGUACGAGGCGAAGAGCAACGCCGGUCAGCCGCCGCCAGGGCACACGCGAGGUAAAUGGGUGCCGGGAGCGCGGACGGAUUUCGAGUCGGGAUAUUGGUGCAGUCCUUGCGGCAGGAAGCUGGCCUCCCGAUUGGUCUACAACAGGCACCUUCUGUCCGAUUUGCACGCCCGUAGGAGCAUCCGUGAGAUCGACGGUGUCUUCCCGCAGUCGCGUGCCGGCGGACUACACCUCGCCAAAAAGACCCCGACCCGCAACCAAAGAGUGAAGGAACAGGCGGACACGAAGGCGGACACGAAGGCGGACGCGAGGGAAGUCAAGAAGUGCACGAGGAAGAGGGAAAAGGAGAUCCUGAGCUGCGAGAUGUGCCACGCUCGGGUGAGGAGGGCGCAAAUGGGCAAGCAUUUGCUCUCUCAUUAUCACUGCCGCGUCGCGGGCGUAAAUCCUCGCGGGCCACGAGCCCGCCGCUUUUUACUCGAAAAUAUGGCGAAUGUGGUUCGGCAGUGUCCUUUCCAGUGUUCCUCCUGCCGGUUUUAUUGCAACACGGAGGAAACGUUUCUGCUCCAUUGGCGAUCCGAGCUUCACGCGGACACGCUCGGCCAGAUCAGCGGCAACUACAAGUGCAGCUGCUGCGACUUCUGGUGCGAGGAGAACGCCGCGAUGGACCGGCAUCUGACCAGCACGAGCCAUCGCGAGGUCGUGUCCAUGAUGAACGGAUCCGUGCCGGUGGUGAUCGGUCGUCAACGAGCGUUGACCUGCCCCGGCUGCGAUCGCCGAUUCCGAUAUAAUUUGCAGUUGAGGCUGCACGCGAACGAGACCGGUCACGAGGAGAGUUUCACCGCGACCGACCGGUAUCAGCAACGGAUCAGAUGCGAUCUGUGCCCGCAAAUCGUUCGGUCCCUGGUGGCUCUUCAGCGUCACCAGCUGACUCGUCACGACGGCCGGACGGACGGGCGAGCCGACGUUCGGGCCGACGUUCGACGAGCCGGCGACACUGGGACGACUGACGCGAAAGAAGAACGCGACGCGAGCAAGGAGGACUCGGUGCAACGACUGGCGGCCACCCCUUAUUACUGCUCGUUCUGCUCGAUGAAUUUCGCGACCGCUCAGGAGGCCGUGCUGCACCGUCGAACGUCCAGCCACAAGGAGAUCGUGAGGGCUCGCAAGCACGGCCAGGAUUCGGCGACGAGCACCGCCCGGGAGUGUUCCCGUUGCGGCGAGAGGCAGGCCAAUUUGUCGGAGCACAAGGAGCACCUCCUGCGCGAUCAUCCGGAGACUUGUCACAGAUGUCCCAAAUGCGGCAGGCUUUUUGCCCUCUCGCAAGACGUGACGAGACACACGAGGGAGAACAACUGUCGGGACGAUAACAAAUUAAACGCGGCGAGAACGGCAGCCGUCAAAGACGAAUGGAAAUGCGACAGCUGUAGUUUCUCAACGGAUUCGCGGGCGGAAUUCAUCUUUCACGAGGCACUUCACGCCGGGAUCGUUCGGAAGGAUAACGACGGGGCGGAACCCGGCCAGGGGAAGAGCUUGCCGAAAUACCGUUGCCCGGUCUGCAAGAAAGCGUUCGCCAAGGUGUCGUUGCGGAACCACAUCAGAAGCCACACGGGAGAACGUCCGUUCCUCUGCGAAAAGUGUUUGGCGUCGUUCGCGAGACGAUCGGACCUGAACGCUCAUCGGCGAGAGUGCGCGGGCCCGUCGUCGCCGUCGCCGUCCUCGUCGGCGUGCCCGAACGAGUCGUCCAGGAAACGCGGCUUCGCCUGUUCCGAGUGCAACGACGCUUUCUACACGAAGCACGCUCUCCGUCAACACAUGCUGCGCCACGCCGGGAAAAAGUACAAGUGCGGACUUCCGGGCUGUCCAACGGUGCUCCGCACGGCUUCCGAAUUGCGGUCCCAUCGCAGCUUGGUGCACGAGAGCAGCGCGUCCGACAGACGAUACCGAUGCCAGGACUGCGCUUACGCGGCGAAAACGGAGUCACAGUUACGCAGACAUCGCAGUCGCCACGAGGAUCCCGCGGAUGCAAUGAAAUCGGAGUCGGUGCGCGCCUGUCCUUACCCCGGGUGCGGUUUUAAAACGAAACUCGGCUCUCAUUUGCAGCGGCACGUGCGCUUGCAUACGGGAACCAAGCCGUACAAAUGUCGGCAUUGCGCUUACGCGAGUAACAACUUGGAGAACCUACGGAAACACGUACUUUCCACCAAUCUUCAUCCGGGCAAGACGAUCUACGAAUGCGACGUUUGCCGGGAGAAGAACGCGGACCCGUUCCAGACGAAUUUCGCGAAAGAACUACGGGCACACCUUCUGGCGGCGCACGAGGACGUUUUUCCGACGCCCAGUCACGCGAGCGAUUACGUCCUCGGAAUUUUCGAGGUCCGUCCUCGGGACUCGUCGGCGGGCUUCGCCGAAACGCCGAGUUAACUCGGAGGCAGAGAUUGUUUUUCCUCCGAGUUUCUCCCGUUGCCUCGUAUUUCCGGCGGAGGCCGUCUACCGAUCCGAGGGAGUGACAAUUUAUGGCGCGCGCGCGCGCGCGUCCGCACCCGCGUUAAAGUCGUUGGAACGGCGCGGCGCGACGCGACGGGACCCUUCCCGGUCCGCUCGGCGUGAGAAACGAAUUCUUCCGAAUAUUGUUCCCCCGGAAUCGACGAAUAGAACGCGUUCGUCUCGUCUCGCGGGACGACCGUCGUCCUUCCGCGCCGAAUCGUCCGGACAACCGUGAGAGACGGGAGCGGGCCGCGCGGAUGCGUUAAUCUCGGACAACGAUGGCAUCGGUGUGCCGGGUCUUUGGUUGCUCGCGGUCGUGCGAACCGGUAGGCCUGUACCACGCCAGGAAAUAGUUAAAGUGAUGUACGGUCACGUGGCACGGUACGGACUUUCGACGCGUAUACGAUCGAAUCUUUAUGCCCCGUGCACAACCGAGUUUCGCGCCGGCGAGACCACGGAGCACGCGGCGGCAGCGAGGGCGGCGGGGAGGAUCGCGAGAAUCCACCUGUCGCCGCGUUGUUUAGCGCUCGCCGUUCCAACAUCCCCCGACUUGUGUACGCGCGCACCGUUCCGAGAAACAAAGACGCUGCCGGAUCGUAAAGCCGAUCGGCGUGUAUAUCGGUUUCCGAAAUAAAACUGCUAAUUACCGAUG